AUGAAUAUUGAUGAAGUCGAACAAAGAGAUGGAAUCCGUUUUACUUGGAAUACAUGGAUAAGUACUAGCCAAGAAGCUCGAAAGAAUCUUCAUAUUCCUAUUGGUUGUUUAUAUUCACCAUUAUUACCAAAACCUUUAAUUGCAGAUAGAGCUCCUAUUAAAUGUAGUCAUUGUGGAGCUAUUAUUAAUCCUUAUUGCUCUGUUGACUACAACAGUAAUUUAUGGACUUGCUGUUUCUGUUUAACAAGAAAUCAACUUCAAUAUCAAAAUCUUCCAGAACUUCAAGUCACUACAUUUGAAUAUAGAGAUGUACAAGAAAAUAUUAGAUAUAUUCCUACUUAUAUAUUUGUUAUUGAUAUUACUUGUACUGAACUUGAACUUGAAGAAUUAAAAACUAAUUUAACUACAAUUAUUUCACUUCUUCCACCAACAACUAGAAUUGGAUUAAUCACAUUUGGUCAAUGUAUCACUGUACAUAAUUUAAUGUGUGAAAGUGAUUGUCUUAUUUCUGUUGCUUUUGCUAAUAAAGUUACUACACCAAUUGCUGUACAAUGUGGAUUAUUACUUUCUCCAAAUUCUAAUCAAUACAUUGUCCCUAUAGAAGAAUGUGAACUUACUUUUAUGUCAGUUAUUGAAUCUCUUCAAGUUGAUGGAUUUGAUGUACCUCAAACUGAAAGACCAAAAAGAGCUACAGGUGCUGCUCUUGAUAUUGCACAAAAUAUGUUAAAGGCUGUUAAUAUGUCAGGUCAUAUUAUUGCUUUUAUUGCUGGGCCAUGCACAGCAGGACCAGGAAAAGUUAUUGGAACAUCACUUAAUGAAACAUUAAGAUGUCAUCAAGAUAUUGUUAAUGAAAACACUCCUUAUGUGGCUAAUGCUAAACAAUUCUAUGAUAGUGUUGCUGAUAAACUUAUUCAAAAUGAAUCAGCAUGUACUAUUCUUGCUUGUUCUAUGGAUCAAACAGGACUAAUGGAAAUGAGAAAGUUGUAUGAAGGAACUGGAGGAAUUGCUUAUUAUUUUGAAGAUUAUACUCAUGAAGCUUUAAGAGAAACUUUAUUACGUUUAUUUGAUGGUCAAGUAUGGAAAAGUAAUGUUUCUAUUGAAGUACAAACUUGUAAGGAAAUGAAAGUUUGUGGUGCAUUAGGUCCAUUAACUUCAGGAAAUAAGAAGACUAGUUCAGUAUCACCAACUUCAGUAGCUAUUGGGGGAACUUCAUUAUGGAAAGCAUCUGCUGCAUUAAAGAAUACAUCUUAUGCCUUUAUAUUCGACGUAACAAAUCCACAAACUAAUCCUAAAAGAAUGAAUGAAGUAGGAUUUAUUCAGUUUAUUACAACUUAUUAUGAUGAAUUAGGUAGAAAAUGUAUACGAGCUACUACUAGUUCUAGAAUGUGGACAAACCCAUCUCAAGAAGGAUUUGAAAAAUUAGCUGCAGGAUUUGAUCAGGAAGCUGCUACUACUUUAAUGGCUCGUUAUGCUGCUUAUAAAGCAGAAACUGAAGACUCAAGAGAGGCUAUUAGAUGGCUUGAUAGAAGUUUAAUUAAAAUGUGUCAACGAUUUGGUGACUUCAGAAAAGAUGAUCCAAAUUCAUUUAAAUUAUCACCAAAUUUCUCUAUUUAUCCACAAUUUAUGUUCCAUCUUAGAAGAAGUCAUUUCUUAAAAGUUUUCAAUUGUACUCCUGACGAAACUUCAGUAUUUAGAGCAACUUUAAAUAGGGAAACAGUUAACAAUACAUUAACUAUGAUCCAGCCAACAUUAGACAGUUAUAAAUAUGGUCAACAACCAGUACCUGUAUUGUUAUCUCUUCAAUCAAUCAAACCUGAUGAAAUUCUUUUAUUAGAUACAUAUUUCUAUCUUGUUGUCUUUAGAGGUAAUGCUGUAGCAGAAUGGAUGAAACAAAAAUUAGAAGAAAAACCAGAAUACGCUGGGUUAAAAGAUUAUUAUGCUUUACCAGAAGAAGAUGCAAAAGAGUUAUCUAAAACAAGAAUUCCUGCUCCAAGAAUUUAUGUUUGUAACCAAUAUUCUGGAAAUCAAAGAUUCUUAAUGACUAUUCUCGAUCCUGCUGUAGCUCCAGGACAAAAUAAAAAUGACCUCGUCUUUACUGAAGACGUUAGUCUUGAUACUUUCUUAAGUCAUCUUAGACAACUUGCAGUAAAAGAUACUUUGAAUUAA